AUGGUUUUUACUUGUCCGAAUACAUCAGAUUGUGUUUCACUACGUCGUGUCAACGAUGGUUAUGCAGAUUGUCUUUAUGCUGAGGACGAAAAGAAUAGUGCUUAUGCGAUGAUCGAACCAUUUCGAUAUCGUUGUCAGACAGGAUCAUCGCCAGUUCAGUAUGUAAGCUUUCAGCAAUUGGGCAAUGGAGUGAACGAAUGUGCAGAUGGUAGUGAUGAAAUCUCAAGUGAACUGAGUUGGUCUUCUUUGGACUGUAGGAUUGAUGAUAAUUAUGCUUGCUGGGUAUUUCGAGGUGAUGGAAUCAUUGAGAAUAGAAUAAAAGAUGUUCGACUACCUUUUCAUCUUUAUUGCGAUACAGUUUGGGAUACGAUGGAUGGUCGAGAUGAACGAGAUUGCUCUAAAUGGGUUUGUGCACGUGGAACUUAUCAGUGCAACAGGACAAGUCAAUGUAUCAAACGAACAUAUUUAUGUGACGGAGAAUUUGAUUGCGAUGAUGGUGAAGAUGAAUUGAACUGUCCUAGACGAUCACAAGAAGGGCCUUUAGAAUUCGUUUGUAACAAGUCAAAUGAACAUUUUUGUAUAACGUCACAAUAUCUACAGGAUCGCAUACUAAACCGUCCUUGUAUAUCAUAUACCAAUACUGGCGAUGGUAAAAUUGACUGUUUAGGUGGCCAAGAUGAACGUAACGUAUUCUCUUGUUCAGAUCAUACAAUGCUUGGAAAUCGAUUUUUAUGUGAUAAUCAAACGAAAUGUCUUAACUAUACAACUUUAUGUAAUGGUGUAUUUGAUUGUUUGGAUCGUACAGAUGAAUAUAUUUGUUUCUGCCAAUAUGAACAGUGUAUUAAAGAACAAUUGGCUUGUUCAGAUACAAAUUCAUGUGAAAAUGGUCGAUUUCGUUUCGAAGCCUAUCAUUCAACUAAUAUACUAACGGCAUGGGAAUAUCCAAUUAGUCCAUUCAGUUUUCUACCUGUUUUUCGUCUUGCCAAAAUAUUACGAUUUCCGGAUCGUAGUCUACCCUGGUCGUGUUCGUACAAUCAUUGUCAAAAUAAUGGAACAUGUUAUAAUUCAAAUAAUGGACAAAAUUUAUGUUUAUGCCAACGAGGUUGGCGAGGUGCUGCCGGUUUAUAUUGUGGUAUACUUCUGGCUGAAGCAGGUCAUACAGUGACAACUUUCGAGGCAAGCAAUCGAACCGGUGGUCGAAUUUUGACUUAUCGUGAUCCGAAAAAUCGAUUAAAAUAUAUGGCAGAAAUGGGUGCCAUGCGUUUUCCACUUGAUGCGCACCCGUAUUUGAACAAUUUGAUUCGAAAUCGUUACAAGUUGAGUAUUACCGAAACUUCUAGUUAUGAUGAACAUACUUAUGUAUAUAUAAAUGGAAUACUUGUGACGAGAAAACAAGCGAAUGAAAAUCCAGACAUAUUUCAAUUUAAUACCAGUCAAAAUGAACGAGGAAAGAGUCCUGAUCAAUUACUUUCCGAAGCUGUGAAACCUAUACUUCAGACAUGGUUAGAAGAAGGUUGGCUAUCGAUUCGAAAUCGAUGGGAUUCAUAUUCGAUUGAAUCCUAUUUAAUCCAAAUGAAUUUAUCUCGUGCAGCUAUAGACUAUAUAGCUGUUUCAACUAAUCGUGAAUCGACUAUGGAUACAGGACUCUUGCAAUUCAUGCGCAGUAAAGUAUCAAUUAUAGAUGGAACUAAAUUUUAUCGAAUUCGAGAAGGAAAUGAUAAGUUAAUACAAUCAAUGGUUAAUGAAUGUCAAAUGAUGGAAUCGAAGCAAUGUUCUAUUAUCUAUUCAACACCCAUCAAUAAAGUGCAAUUAUUAGCAUCCGAUAAAAUUAGUGUAAUGAGUAAAGAUGGUGUUGAUCGAAUUUUCGAUGAAGUAGUUGUAGCGACUUCAGCACCUGUCACACAAUUUAUCGAUUUUCAACCACGAACACAUUUUAUUCAGAAAUAUUUGACAUUGCGUCAAACGAACUAUAUAUGUUCAUCAAAAAUUCUCCUCACUUUCAAUACAUCUUGGUGGUAUAUAGACGAAAAUAUUAGUGAAGGUGCAUCCAGGACUGAUCUACCCAUUCGUACGAUUUUUUAUCCGAGUACAAAUAUGAAUCAAACGGAUGGCGGAAUUAUUAUUACUGCAUAUACGUUUGCACAAGAUUCAAUUAUAUGGCAGUCUUUGUCUGAUGUGGAUGCUAUCGAACAAGCACUAAAACAAAUAAUGCAAAUUCAUAGAAAUUCAUCAUCGAGUAUACGCAAUAGUUUUCAAGGUGGAGUAGUCAAACAUUGGUGUCAAGAUACUUAUGUGGGUGGCGGUUUUCUUUACCUUAAUCCUUUUCAAGAAACGAAAACUCUAGAUAAAUUACAAGCAUCAAUAUCGAACGUACAUUUUAUUGGAGAACAUACGAGUUUCUUUAAUGGAUGGAUAGAGGGUGCUCUUUCAUCAGCAGUACGAGCAGCUUUAUCAAUCAGUACAGGAAUCGAAAUAACCUAUGAUGUUGUCAUCAUUGGUGGAGAUCCUGUUGGACUGAUGACAGCUAUUUUUUUGUCAUUAAAGCAACCGACUCUUCGUAUUGCUAUUAUCGAAAAAGAAACUAUUUUAAAUAAUUCGAAUAGUAAUUCUGGUUCCUUCAAACAACAACAAUUUAGUCAAAUGCAUAAUGAACAAUAUCUUGUCGAACUAGCCAAUAUGUCAUUUACACUUUGGCGUCAAUUCGAACAAAUGGCUAAUAUGUCAUUUGGAUCUAUUCUUAAUACAGAUGAUGGAUAUUUACUUGUUGGUGAUUUUAAUACAAAUCAAUCAACAAUUGUCGAUGAUUUCAAGUUGAUUAAACAAAUAUGUGAAAAUCUUCGAAUGGGUUGUGAAUAUUUGAAUAAUACACAAUUGAAAAUGCGUUAUCCAACAUUCUCAUUUCCACUUCAAUAUCAAGGUAUAUUUCAUCAUCAAUCGGGUUUUAUCAAUAUGAAUACAUUGACAAUAGCUCUUCUUCGUAUUAUUUCACAAAAACGAAAUAUUAUCAUUCGACAACAGGAAGAAUUUUUAUCAUUAAAAUUAAAUAAUCAAACAGAGAUUACUACUAAUCGGGGUAUAUUGUAUGCUUCACGUAAAGUUCUCAUUGUUCCUGGACCUUACACGAAAAAUAUAUCUCAUUUAUUUAAUUUCCAUCUUGAUAUAACAUUAUGGGAACUUCCAAUUUACUACUUUCGUCUUCUACCAAAUGCCACUCGAUUUCCUACUUGGCUUACAUGGAAUAGUAAGGAUCGACAAUCGAUCUUUUUCGGUUUUCCAAGCAUGUUAACAUCAUCAGGUUACAUUGCUGUUUUGCCACGUUUUAUUCGAAAUCUAUCAAAACCACUAUUUUAUCCAUCACAACGUACAAAUACGGCUGAUAAUUUUCUUACACAAAAAGUUCUUGAGUGGGUUUCACUUCAUAUGGCAACUCAAGUCAAUGUAUCGGAUUAUUAUGUUAAUGAACAAACAUAUUUAACUACAUUUUUGCCUGAUAAUGGAAUUUUACUUGACUAUAUUUCACAAACGCAUAGACGAGUGUUGAUACAAACUGCUGGAUGGAACAUGAAAUUUGUACCAAUUUGGAGUGAUAUUCUUUCUGAUAUGAUCUUAUUUGAUGAAGCUAUGAAUACAUCGUCGAAAUAUGCCAAAUAUAUGAAAUAUUUUUCAUUAACACGACUGAAUCGAAUCAUUGAAAAUACAACAACAACAGCAUCCAAUUCAUCCAAUCUAGGAUUCAAAACUGUAUCGAACUAUUUUCUUACUUUUACAUUAUCUUUUUACAUUUCUAUUUUGAGAAUGAUUUGA